UCCUCCUUCGCGCCGGGCCAGGAGGCCGCGGCCUUUCCCGGAAGCUCGUAGGUCUCAGGAAGAGGAGCAGCAGGAGGAAGAAGCGCGGGGGCCGGGUGGCCCCAAGGGUGCAGCGGCGCCGCAGCCCGCAUGGAGCCCAACGUGCGCUUCUGGAUCACCGAACGCCAAUCUUUUAUUCAAAGGUUUCUUCAGUGGACAGAAUUAUUGGAUCCUACAAAUUUGGUUGUUUCAGUUGAAAAAAUAGAAAAAUCAAGGCAGCUAUUGUUAACACAUGAAGAUGCAUCCAGAAGUGACUCGGAGGACAAAAGGGUACAAGAAGCUUGGAAGAGAAGCCUCUCAACAGUGCAUCCUGACAAUAGCAAGCUGAUCCCUGGUCCUUUUCGACCUGCAGCGCUGCUGCCUCUCACGGCGCCCACGGUAUUUCUGUGCAUGCUGCCAGUAAAAAGUCUAAAGUCCAUGAUUUUACCUCAGGUUUCCUUCUACACCUACAGUACAGUCUUCAACAUUGUCAAUGGAAAUGCAAGUUAUGAUCGUCGCCCCCAUGAGAGUAUAUUACUAGGAGCAGGAGUGAUUGCUUCUUCCACCUUUUUUGGAUUAUUCCCUCGUUUGCUCCAAGUAAGAUUUUCCCUGAAUAGCAUUUUGAGCAGAAACGUCAUUCCUGUCGUCAUUCUCGCCCAACUCAGUGGAAUGAAUGUGGUUGCAUCGAGAAGUUUGGAGCCCCUGCGAGGGAUUGAGGUCAUGGACAAGGAAGGCAGUGUCAUAGGCUAUUCCAGAAAAGCUGGGACAAAGGCCGUUAAAGACACAGCAACAUCCAGAGUUGUGCUGUUUGGGACCUCAGCUUUUAUCCCUGAAGUCUUCUCAUACUUUUUUAAAAGGACCCAGUUUUUCCUGCGGUGUCCGUGGUCACUGUGGACCCUAAAGCUUUCUUGUACUAUCCUUGUCAUGGGACUGAUGGUGCCAGUUUCUUUUAGUGUCUUCCCACAGAUUGGACGGAUACCGCGCAGUGAGCUUGAAAAGGAAAUUCAGUCUGCAACGGAAGAAACAGAACUCUUCUAUAACAGAGGAGUGUAGGGGUGAGUUUUAGGUGAAUUUCUUUGGUACCUGCGUGAAGACCUUCCUCCAAGGUUUCAGUUUGGACAACCCUGGCAGAAGUGUCCUGGAACCCCCUGCGCCAACAGGGUGGCUUCCGGUUACGCAUGCCAAGACUGUUUUGAGGCUGACCGUGCCUAGGGUUAAGCAAGCUUGGGUGGAAAGAGAGAAACGGGGGCUGUCCUGUCUAACCCACCACACGGGGUUGCUGAGGGGAUGCCUGUGUGAUAGAAGAUUCAGUUUUCUAUUCGUCAGCCUGUGAAAGGAUACUGUGAACUUACUAAUAAGCUUUUCUAAAGUUGAGUAUUGGAAAACAAAGGAGAAAGGGCCACCAAUGCCCAUGUGCCCAAGGCACAGGCAUUAAACUGAUGGCCCAUCUCGAGGUGUAUAUGUGGGGAGCCAGUGAAGGCCUCCAACCCCCAAAGCAAUCCUGUUUCCCUUCCCAGCUUACUCCUGUUGGACAGCUGCUUAAAAUCUUUGCCAGCUGCUGCCCAGCUCCUCCUUUCUCCUCACUGGCAGGUGACCCUGUCUCCUCCUCCACUGUGAAAGCCAAGGCUAUUGGCCUCCUGGCACCAAACCUGCUGACCUCCCUCCACACACGCCCGGCCUCCCCUCCUCCGUGCAAAGUCAGCUGUGCCCUGGGCUUGAUUGAGCCCGACCCCUCCUGUUUCCUCAGGGCCUUUGCUCUGCAGCCUCCACUGCCCCUCUGGCUCCAGCCUUCCCCCUGCUCCUCCCCAGUAGCAUUUCAACUGCUUGAGUCACCUGCCUCAUGAAAAAAGCAACCCUCCACCUUGGUAGCCAGACUUUUGCAAAGAGUUUUCUACCCUCACUGUUUCCACCCCACCCUCCACUGCUGAGACUGCUGUCAUCCGUGCCUCCCCCAGAUGCUGGUCAUACUGGCACUGACCCCUGUGCAGGCCUGUCGUGGGGCUUGCUCUCCCCCGCCCAGCAGGCCCGCACCCAGCGGCCCCCCGCGCUUUGCCGUCUGGAUGUCCACUUGAGACCAUCUUUCCCUCCCAAUCUCAGGAAAUGGCACCACUGCGUACCAGUUUCAUCAGCAUCACUGGCCUCGGCCUUACCCCCCCGUUGCCCCACCCCAUUCAACACUAUUGGGCAGACUCUAUUAAGUCUCUAGAACUCACCCCUCUGCAUCCACUGCCCAGCCCAACAGCAUAUCCCCUGCUGGUGUCGCUCAUCAGUCCAUCCCCAGCCCGCUCUUCUAAACUACACCUGCUUAAAAGCCUUAAAUGGGGCUUCCCUGGUGGCGCGGUGGUGGAGAGUCCGCCUGCCGAUGCAGGGGACGCGGGUUCGUG